AUGGUGGAUGCGUCAAGAGCGCUCAAAGCUGCUUUGGUGAUUGCUGCCAUUUUCGCCGUAAACCCAGUGCUGGGUCUUGGGCUUUUUGGUGUCGCUGCGAUUGCAUUCGGGGCCAAGCGAGACGUUCUUCGAGGUGCUUUGGUCUUAGCUGCUUAUUUCGCUGUCUACCCGAUCAUGGGUUUCUGGCUUAUGGCCGUUGGGGCAGUCGCCAGAUUUUUCCAGAAAGAGCCGGGAAAAGAGCCGCAGGAGAGCGACAAGUCUGCUAAGCUGAAUGAUGAAACGACCUAUGACUGUGAGGCGGCCCAGCGCAAGUACCGGCCCAUGUUGGUUCAGUACGUGCUCUCACCCGGGCGCACGCAUUACCAGUCUGAGAACAAGGCAUAA